AUGAAGAUUGACUGGAGCAGAGUCGAUCAACCCGAGAUCGCCUUCCAGCGCUUCCCCAGCCGUAGAUCGCAGGUCUAUGGCACCAAGGGUAUGGUGGCUGCAUCGCAGCCACUAGCUGUUGAAGCCGGCCUUGAGAUUCUUAGGAAGGGUGGCAAUGCAGCCGAUGCUGCCGUUGCUGUCUCCGCUGCUCUCAAUGUAACUGAACCGAGCUGCUGUGGCAUUGGCGGUGACGCAUUCUGCCUCUUCUAUGACGCCAAAACUCAGGUGGUAAAGGCCAUGAAUGGCUCCGGACGCUCCCCCGCCAAGUUGUCAAUCGACUAUGUCCGACAACAAGGUCUCACAGGGACGACUAUUCCGGCCACCAACCUCAACAGUGUAACCGUCCCAGGCUGCGCCGCGGCUUGGGUGGACACAGUCGCAAAAUUCGGCAGCGGAAAGCUCAGCAUGGCCGAAGUUCUAGACCCCGCAAUCAGGCUCGCAGAAGAAGGAGUGCCCGUUUCGGAGAUCCACGCGUUCGCUUGGAAGCGGUCGGAGCAGCUUAUCAAGAACGCUUCUCCCAACGCCGACGAGAUGCUCUUGAACGGCAAGGCGCCUCUGCCAGGGCAGAUCGUCCAACUUCCAAACCUCGCGAAGACCUUCCGCUCCGUAGCGGAGAAGGGAAAGGACGGCUUCUACAAGGGCUGGGUCGCCGAGGCCAUUGUCGAGCUGAUCCAGAGCAAAGGAGGUGUGAUGGAGCUGGAUGAUCUCGCGAAUCACGAAACUUCGUUCGUAGACCCUAUCAGCUACACGUUCCAGAACGAAGUCACUCUCUACGAAUGUCCACCCAACGGGCAAGGUAUUACUGCCCUUCUCGCGUUGGGAAUCCUGGAAAACAUGGAGGCGCAAGGUAAAAUCAAAUCAUUGCUGGAGAUGGAGCACAACUCUACAGAGUACUUGCACGCUCUUGUCGAGGCACUCCGACUCGCGUUUGCGGAUAGUCAAUAUUACGUCACAGACCCCGACUUUGCCAAAAUCCCGGUCGCUGAACUGCUCAGCAAGGAGUAUCUGGCGUCUCGGGCGAAGCUUUUCGACCCAAGCAAGACCAACCCGCAAAUAGUUCACGGCAACCCGGUGUUCUCGUCAGACACUGUCUAUUUCUCUGUGACCGAUCAGUGGGGCAAUGGAUGCAGUUACAUCCAGAGCAACUAUGCAGGUUUCGGAACGGGAGCUGUGCCGAAGGGAUGCGGUUUCACGUUGCAGAACCGUGGUAGUAACUUCAACUUGAAUCCCGAGCAUCCAAAUGCUCUCAAGGGAGGGAAACGACCGUACCAUACAAUCAUCCCAGCCAUGGCUACGAGGGGCAAGGAGCUUUUCCUUUGCUACGGUGUCAUGGGCGGCUUCAUGCAGCCCCAAGGACACUUGCAAGUCCUGUUGAACAUGCUGCGCGGCUUCACGGCACAAGCGGCGCUCGACGCACCCCGCUUAUGUAUCUCCGCCGGCAGCCCAGAUUCACUCGCGUCAGGUCAGGCAGGAGACGUGAACAGCGAAGUAUACUUCGAAGAAGGGAUCUCGCCGGAGGUCGUCCAGCAACUGCGAUCGAUGGGCCAUGACGCACGCGCUGUCACGGGGAUAGGCCGCACGAUGUUCGGCCGCGGACAGGUCAUACAGAAAAUCGUGGACCAGUCUGGGAGGCUUGUGUGGGCGGCGGGGUCGGACUUGAGGGCAGAUGGCCAUGCUGCCGCUCAGAUUUAA